UCUCUGAGGACUCAGAAUACUGUGGGUCAGCACUCAUGGGAACAGAGCGCCUUGUUUACCAAUCUUAUCUCAAGGUUUCAUAUUUACACCAAAACACUGCAGUCAAGCAACGAGCACACGCACACACACACACACACACACACGUGAAAGUCAGAGAGUGAGAAGACAGAAAAGGCCAAACAUAGCAGACAACAGUUGGACUUGCUUUUCCGAGGAUUUUGAUAACUAAACUCUUAAACAGUUGAACUAUGUCUCGACGGGUGGUCCAGGUCCAGCCGGGGAGCAGGGUUCAUGAAGCGGGUCAGUGGAGCACUGGCCUGUGUGAGUGCCAUAAAGACAUAGGGGACUGCUGCUUUGCCCUGUGCUGCCUCCCAGUGUUUACUUGCAAGGUGACCAGUGCAGUGGGUGCGUGUCCCUGCCUUCCUCUGCUGGACUGCAUCGGCUGUGUACCGCCUGCCUCUCUCGCCAUGAGGGCUUCUGUCAGAGAGCGAUAUGGUAUACAGGGGAGCGUGUGGAGCGACUGCCUGUACGGAUGCUGCUGCUAUCCGCUAUCUUGGCUCCAGAUCUCCAGAGAGCUGAAGAGAAGAGCAGCAUCCCACGCCGCCUCCUCCUCCUCCUCGUCAGCCAGAUACACCGCUCUGACCUCCCUGCAGGGGGCGCACUUGGUCUAGACACAUCCAGCACUUUUUUUCUUUUCUUCUGGCCUCGGCCGCCAUCACCAGUCCUCCAGAGCAUGGGAGCUGAUUUAAUCACACUUCCCCUGGUCGGCAGCCGCUCCCUGUUACCUCAGAGUAUUCAGCAGGGACACAAUGUCUAUUAGAGCAGGGGGUGUUUUGCAUGUUAUCUUGGGUUACCAAUCAUUUAUUCUUUCAGUGGUGGAAAGUAACUAAGUCCAUUUACUCCUGUACUGUACUUAAGUUCAGUUUGGAGGUUUGUGUAUCUCAACUUUAUGCUACUAUAUACUUCUAAUGAACUGCAUUCAGAGUGACAUAUUGUGCUUUUUACUCCAUUAAAUUUAUUUGACAGCCAUA